GACAGCUGUACUGUAGGUGAAAAGUCAUGUAAAAGUCAGAGCAGAUUUCUCCCUCCCCUUCGGUUUGCUCUGGAGAGUUUCCCUUCCCGAUUGACUGCUCUCAUUUUAGGUGGAGCUCUAGAGCUAUAUAAGCCUGAGGCAUACCCAUUCAACUUUCUGCCACAGAAGAACCUAUCCAGGAAUUCCAGAGGAACCCAAGAAUUUAUAGCCAUGGCCAGUAAACCCAAACUCCAUUACUUCAAAGGAAGAGGCCGCAUGGAGAGCAUUCGGUGGUUAUUGGCAGCAGCUGGGGUUGAGUAUGAAGAACAAUUCAUUACAGUAAAGGAAGACCUAGAAAAGUUAAAGAAAGGUGGAUCCCUGCUGUUUCAGCAAGUGCCCAUGGUGGAAAUCGAUGGCAUGAAAAUGGUGCAGAGCCGAGCGAUCCUCAACUACAUUGCCGCGAAAUACAAACUCUGUGGGAAAGACCUCAAGGAGAAUGCAUUAAUGGAUAUGUACGUCGAAAGUAUUAUGGAUCUGGGUGAAAUGAUCAUGCUUCAUCCUUUCAAGCCAGCAGAUGCCAAAGAAAAAGAUCUUGCACUGAUCCUUGAAAGGGCCACCACCAGAUACUUUCCAGUCUUUGAAAAGGUCCUCAAAGAUCAUGGUCAGGAUUAUCUUGUUGGAAACAAGUUCAGCAGAGCAGAUGUUCAAUUGCUUGAAGUUAUUUUAAUGGUAGAAGAGCUCCAGUCCGAUGUUCUGUCAGCAUUCCCACUUUUAAAGACUUAUAAAGGAAGAAUAAGCAACGUACCAACAAUCAAGAAAUUCCUUCAGCCUGGUAGCGCGAGAAAACCACGCUUAAGUGAAAAAGAGGCUGCAGAAGCCAUCAAGAUAUUCACCUGAAUCAGGAUCAUGGCUACUUGUAGCUGCAAGCAACAUGCCUUGGUUGGGACACUCUUCAAAUAAUUUCAUGAGGCCAGCAAUGUCCAAGUGCAGCAGACAAUGUGGAGUUAAAUGUAUGAUCACAGGAAGAUUUUUGAAGUAGAAAUUGUGUCAAUCACAUGCUGUUACACUCAAAAUACAAUAAAACAUUCUGUUGUGCUGGUA